CCGGCCCCCGCCCCGGCCCCGCCGCUCACCCGCGCCCGCCGGGGAGGUAUGAGCGACGGAGCGGCCGCUCCGCGCCGCGGUAAGUGUGGACGUCUGUGUAAGUGUGAGAGAAUUAUGGUGGCGUUUAAAGGAGUCUGGACUCAGCCCUUCUGGAAAGCCGUUUCAGCAGAGUUUUUGGCCAUGCUCAUUUUUGUACUCCUCAGCCUCGGCUCCACAAUCAACUGGGGUGGAGCAGAGAAGCCGCUGCCUGUGGACAUGGUCCUUAUAUCCCUCUGCUUUGGACUCAGCAUUGCCACCAUGGUGCAGUGCUUUGGACACAUCAGCGGAGGCCACAUCAACCCUGCCGUGACCGUGGCCAUGGUCUGCACGAGGAAGAUCAGCCUUGCCAAGUCCGUCUUCUACAUUGUUGCCCAGUGCCUGGGAGCCAUCGUGGGCGCGGGCAUCCUUUACCUUGUCACGCCGCCCAGCGUGGUGGGAGGCCUGGGAGUCACUGCGGUACACAGAGAUCUUUCUGCUGGGCAUGGACUCCUGGUGGAAUUGAUAAUUACAUUCCAGCUGGUUUUUACUAUUUUUGCUAGCUGUGAUUCAAAACGAAGUGAUGUCACUGGUUCAGUAGCUUUAGCAAUUGGAUUUUCUGUUGCAAUUGGACAUUUAUUUGCUAUCAAUUACACUGGUGCCAGCAUGAACCCAGCUCGAUCAUUCGGACCUGCUGUCAUUAUGGGCAGAUGGGAAAACCAAUGGGUGUACUGGGUGGGACCGAUAAUCGGAGCCGUCCUUGCCGGUGCUCUGUACGAGUAUGUCUAUUGCCCAGACGUUGAGCUCAAGCGCCACUUCAAAGAUGUCUUUGGUAAGGCCACCCAGCCCUCCAAGGGCAAGUACAUCGAGGUGGACGACAGCAGGAGCCACGUAGAGACCGAUGACCUGAUCCUGAAGCCUGGCAUAGUUCAUGUGAUUGAUAUUGACAGGGGUGAGGACAAGAAGGGAAGAGACCCAUCCAGCGAGGUGUUGUCUUCCGUAUGACUAGUAAGAAGCACUGAAAGCAGAGAGCGGCCUGCUAGCACGUCCACAGAUAUCCUUCCACCCAUUAAAGAAACAGAUCUCCUCUAGACUGAGCACCUUCCACUUCUUGAAAGGUAUGGUGUGGGCACAAGCACAGAGUGGUGUCACCAAACCAUACGCCUGCUCGGUUGGAAGAUUAGGACUUUGCUAUAAUUAGGAUUCCCCAUCUAUUAUUCCAAACUUAGACUUGUUCCUAGUAUUUUCCUUUCCUUCUUUCUGGAGCAACCCCAAAGUCAAAAAAAAAAGAAGAUUAAAGUAUUCUCCUUUAAUAAAGCAGUCAAUAAUGAGAUAGAGAUGUGUAACAUCCAGAUUGACAGUUAAGAUGUACCAGGAAAUGCCUAUAGACAUGAAGACCUACUUAUCAGAUUGUUCUUCUGAUGCUUAAUUGGCUGUUGUCAGCACCGAUUAUAACAUCUUACCCAUUAAGCCUUCUCUGCAAGGUUCAGAGACAGCACCAGCACUAUUUAAGAGUUUUCUCCACAGUCAAGCAAAGGAGUAUUGUUUCCACUCAUGUACAUCACUAUUGCCUUGCAGACUACCUCUGAAAAAAAUGAUACUUUAACAGGCUUUUAGGAAAAAAUUCUAUCAACCCAUCAAAUUUCACUCAUCUGAUUCGAUGUAUAAAUACAUUACCUUCAUCCCCAAGAGUAAAUAUGCUGAAAUGGAAUGUUGAAGUGUAGGGUAAUAAGGCUGCAAAGCAGCUGAUUGUACUUCAUGCUCCCUCUUGUCAUUGUCUAUCUGGUGAAACAUUCUCCUGGGGUUUGACUAUUGACCAUUCAGUGUUAGCAGACUCUCAAGGUCAUGCAAAGAAUAUAAAGGCUUUCCUGUUACUUAAUAACUUAAAUAAGAGAUAUCAGAAGAAAAGAAGGCAUAUCUGUUUUCAGUGCACUUGUUUGAAUACACAUUUCUGUGCUAAUUUAUGUAAACUAGAGGUUUAAAUUACUUACCUAUUUUCUUACAAGAUGGUUGGAGAUAGUGUUUUUUUAAUUUAUUAGUAAUGUAGAGGGGUUUUAACUUUUAACUGUAUUGAGACACUGAUUGGGAAAUAUUUUUUUAUAACAGAUGAUAAAAAUAUGACUGCUUCUGGUUUUUUGUUGUAAUUGAUGCCUAACUAUUUGAACAGGUUCCCUGCUUGUUCCUGUGUUCAUAUACUCAUAAACUACACCUCUGGCAAAGGCUUCUUUAUCUGUUGUUAGAAAAAGGUUCAAGUGCUUGCAGGGUGUUUUUGGGCAAAAAGGACAUGAAAUAUGUUUGGUAAACAGUCUUUCCCCUAUAGAGGUUUUUGCCAGACAAAAUCACCCCAGCAGAACAUUUCUGUAAAGCUUUUGCUGACUUACUGCUUUUGUUUCUGAUCAGUGACUUUGAGUUUUACAAUAUGCAGCUGCAGAGCAGUCAGGAGCAUGGUAUUAUUACCGUAAUUAUGUAGUUCUUAUUUUUAAAUUGAAAACCUAUCCCUGCUUAUUUAGCAAUGAGAGAGGAAAAAUGUAUUUGUCCUGACUUUGGGCUGUAUUAGCCUCAUCUGUUCUUUGACAUACUCUACAUGCAAUCUUUAUUACAGGGAAUUAGAUGUUUCUAAUGAGAUAAUAAACCACUACAACCCUCAAAUCUGUGCACUAUGAUCCAAGGGCAAUUCUAGUGCCCCAGCUUGCAGCCUUGUAUAGUCCCAGCAUGUCCUUUUUCAAGUUCCACAUUUUUCUUGUCUUAAUCCUUGUUAGUGUGAUGCACUAAGUUCCCUGCACUGAGCAUGAGGUUCAUUGCUCCUUCAUGCAUUUGCAGUUGAGCGUAGCUGGGGACCUGUGGACAAUGUCAAAUUGCAGAUAAGAGCUCCUUCCCACAGCAAGGACUAAGUCUCCUGAAGGAAGGGCAGCACAAGUGUGGUGUUAGACCUCUGCUCAGAUGGAUAAAUACCAUGAUAAAGAGAUUCAAUAAGAAAGAUCAAAACUUGUUGGGGGAUUUGUCUAGUCAAGUUGGGCUUUUUCUUUUACGUUGUUCCAAUCUGUAUUUGUUAAAGGGACAUUUUGUUUAAACCUUUUGCAUGGUUUAAAAAGGUAAAGAGUAAUACACGUAAAAUUGGUGGCUUUUUAAGCAAAGGUUUGCAUUUUUGUACUUAAAGACACUCCUUAAUUUGUGAAUUUUGCAUGGUACUGUGUUAUUUAAAUAAGAAGCUGUGAUUUGCUUUAUGCUUAAGGGUCCUUUACACAAAUGGCUUGAUGUGUGUUUUCCUCACCCAGCCUGAUUUUGCUGCAGAGGUGAGCAUAAUGUGAGCAUAGCACCAGCCACCUCUGUUAGGAGGAUCUUUUUCCUGUAUUAAUGAACUAUGGCAAACACUCAGAGCCAGCCCCAGAACCAGCAGAGCUCCUUAUUGAGGAUAAGAUCCUGACACUUCUGAAAAGAUCAGAGAAAAGAAGGGAUGCUAAAAUGGAGGCCAGCAGGAAGUAAAGGUUGAUGCCAUGCCAUUAGACAUUAGCAGGUAAGCAAUGUGUGGUAGGUCUGCUCCUGAUCCCAUAGAUUAAAACUUGUGGAGGAGUUUGUCAUUGACUACAGUGGAAAUGAUCCUGAGCUUUUCUGGGACAUGAUGGCUUCUCCCACGCACUUCACUGUGUUUUUUCUAAAAUCCGAGGCUUUCAGCAAUAUGCUUAAUUUUGGAAGAAGAUGGAUUCAACUUGAGGCUUAUGACCCACCCUACAGUAAAUCCUUAGCAGUGGCUGUAAUCGCAGGUAGUUCUGCCCCACCACAUUCAUACAAGGGAACAUCACUCUUCAGCAUCUAUUAGGACUUGGUUUAGCACAGGGAUAUGUGCUCCUCUAAGCUGCCUUGCAAUGGUAUCAUCACUGUACGAUAGUCAUGCUUGGUUAAAUAAUAGACUAGCAUGACCUUUUUAUGGAUUCAAGAUACUUUUGCUUUAGUAUUCUUUUUAAACAUGUACUUUGAUACUGUUUGAGUGAGAUUGGUGUUCUAAAGCUCUUCAGCUCUACACUGCAACUCAUAACAUACUUGAUAUUCUCUUAAAACAUUUCUUGGUUUUGGUGGAAAAUGUUUUUUUUAUGACUGUGGAUAGAAAUCACAGAGAGACUGGCAGGUCUGUCAUCAUUCUGGGGCCCCAAAAAAUAGGAUGAGUCUCACUCCUCCAUGAUAGCACAAUUGUUUUCAAUGCUAUAUUUGCACUUUAACAAGCACCUUCAUAAUAUUCAGUCACUGGGUUUCAGAAAAUAAAGCAUGGAAGCCAAGGGCGAUUCUAUUGAAGCACACAAAUACUUUUUAAGUUGUGUGUACUCUGAGGUGUUCAUCACCCAAAUUCUAGCUAUUCUCAGGAAAAAAAAAGAAAGAAGAAGAAACCCUGCAGCAUUCAAGUUGUCAUGAUAACCCUUCUGUCCAAGUGUUCCAACAUUCAGUGGAAGUAGGAGUGAGAUUCAUCUCAUGCUGUGUUUAGGUUUGUCAUGUGUAUUUGCAUAUGAGUUUUUCAAAAUGUGCUUUAUUUCUGGUUAUUACCACAGUAUGUGCUUAGAAAUCUAGAUGGCCAUCUACCUUUCUAGUGCUUGAUGGCAGAGCAGCUGCCACUGUGCUCUGAAACAUCUUAUCUGCUGGCUGUGUAACACAUUCAGGAUAUUGUACACCAUCCAAUAUUUUUAAUCUUAUUAAAAUAUGUGAGAAUUUACAUUGUGAGUCUUUCUUUUCAAGGUGAGAGGUGAAAACACCAUGCACAAUUUUUUGUAUCUCAGUUCAGCCUGUGUGUAUCUGAGUUUCUCAAGGACUUUCUGAAUAGAUAGUAUGUAAAUAUAGACUGCAGUAAUUGCUACCCACUUAAGUUAUCCUGUUGCAGUCUGAAAUUUAUGACAAAUGAGGUAAAGCAAGCUGUGUAUAUGGAUUUUUCCACAAGACCGCUUAUUGUUUAAGUGCUUAGUCACCAUGGUAUCAGAACUAAUGUAACAGAACUUAAAAAUUCCAUAUGUAAUAUUUGGAAUAAUCCACUGAAAAAUUCACUAUAAAAUAAUACAUGAUUAUCUGGUUCCCACAUGUAUUCUACUGUAUCUCACCCUACUGUUGCAAAUAAACAAGUGUCAAAA